AUGGCCCCUCCGACGCUGAUCAGUAUUCAAAGCAGCGCCACCAUCACUACGACUGCACAGCGGGCGGUGCUGAACAUCGCCGCCUCCGACACCGGGUCCGACAAGGACGAAGUCUCCAGCCACGUGGUGUCGACGGUGAAAGACAUCCAACAGGAUCUGGACCACCUGUGCCCACGGCUGGCGGAUGGCGACAUUUCCCCCACGGCCCCGGUGAGUUUCUACUCGAUCGCCUCGCUCUCCAUUUCGGCGGCGGACGAGUACGACGACAAGCACGUGCGCCAGGAGAAGAAGCUAUACAGCGCCCACUCCAAUAUCGCCAUACACUUCCGUGACUUUACGCGCCUGGGCCUGAUGGUCGUGCGGCUGUCGCGCAUGCCGUUCGUCGAGAUGCGGGGCAUCGACUGGGAACUGGGGGAGGCCAGCAAAGCCGAGCUCGACGAUGAGGUCCGAGAGCAGGCGCUGCGGAAGGCCAUGAUCCGCGCACAGGGCUACAGCCGCGUCAUCGGCAGGGCCACAGUCACCUGUGUCAAGAUCGAGGAUGUGCAGACAUCGUGGCCCGUGAGAAAACUCAAGCAGACGGCCAUGAGGGCCACGAGCGCAGCGACGUUCGAGGUCGGCGCGGGCAUCGACUUCGAGCCGCAGCUCGUUGAAGUCAGUGCUACCAUCUCGUGCGAGUUUCACGCGGAAUAG